GCGGGUGGGCGGGGCUUCCGGCCGCGGGUGGGCGGGGCCGGAAGCGGCGGCGGCGGCGGUCUCAGGGGCCGGUCAUGGCUGCGAACCUGAGUCGGAACGGGCCGGCGCUGCAGGAAGCCUACGUGCGGGUGGUCGCCGAGAAGUCCCCGACUGACUGGGCUCUCUUUACCUAUGAGGGUAACAGCAAUGACAUCCGUGUGGCCGGCACUGGGGAGGGGGGCCUGGAGGAGAUGGUGGAGGAGCUCAACAGCGGGAAGGUGAUGUACGCCUUCUGCAGGGUAAAGGACCCCAACUCCGGCCUGCCCAAGUUUGUCCUCAUCAACUGGACGGGCGAGGGUGUGAACGAUGUGCGGAAGGGAGCGUGCGCCAACCACGUCAGCACCAUGGCCAGCUUCCUGAAGGGGGCCCACGUGACCAUCAACGCACGGGCCGAGGAGGACGUGGAGCCCGAAUGCAUCAUGCAGAAGGUGGCCAGAGCCUCGGGUGCCAACUAUGCCUUCCACAAGGAGAGCAGCCGUUUCCAGGACACGGGCCCCCAGGCCCCAGUGGGCUCUGUGUACCAGAAGACCAACGCCAUAUCUGAGAUCAAAAGGGUUGGCAAAGACAGCUUCUGGGCCAAAGCAGAGAAGGAGGAGGAGAACCGCAGGCUGGAGGAGAAGCGGCGGGCGGAGGAGGAGCGGCAGCGGCUGGAGGAGGAGCGCCGGGAGCGGGAGCUGCGGGAGGCCGCCCGCCGCGAGCAGCACUAUCGGGAGGAGCCGGGCGGUGAGGCCGGACCCCAGAGGAAGAGUGAGCAGCAGGAAGUACUUCCAAGGAGCAGAGAGGAGCAGGAGCCCAUCAGCCAGACAGCACAUCCGCGCGAGAUUUUUAAGCAGAAGGAGAGGGCCGUGUCCACCACAUCCAUCUCUAGCCCCCAGCCAGGCAAGCUGAGGAGCCCCUUCCUGCAGAACCAGCUCACCCAGCCAGAGACCCAGCGCAGCACAGAGCCCACCCAGGCCUCCUCGAGGCCCAGGGCAGAUACCCGUGAGGAGCCAGUGGCCGGUGCUCCGCUGUGUCCAGCGCAGGCAGAAGAGGAGGCUGUGUACGAGGAGCCCCCGACGGCGCAGCAGCAGGAUGCCGGCUCUGAGCCCGCGGACCACUACCCGGGGCUGGGCGGUAAAGGGCUCUGUGCCCGGGCCCUGUACGACUACCAGGCAGCUGACGACACGGAGAUCUCCUUCGACCCCGAGAACCUCAUCACGGGCAUCGAGGUGAUCGACGAGGGCUGGUGGCGUGGCUACGGGCCAGACGGCCACUUUGGCAUGUUUCCUGCCAACUACGUGGAGCUCAUUGAGUGAGGACCCUCCGCUGCUGGCUGCGCCGAGGCCGUCCUUCCCCUCCCCGCCCACACGUGCUUUCCUCACUGCCGGGGACGUGGCAUCCGUGGUGCAAGAGCCCCACGGCACUCCUCCGGGAAUGGGACCCCCCAAAGAAGACAAGCCCUUGGGCUCCCUCAGACUGGGGUGCUCAGCCUGUCACCCUAGAUGCAGCAAUACCCCGUGAUUCCCCAACGUGCUCCGGCAGCUGCCGGCCCUCCCAGCCAGCCUGGCCUUUGGCCCCCACAGGGGACGUGGAGCCAAGCCCUGCUUGGCCGGCCCCUCCGUGGCCUCUGCCGGAGGAGGGUGGCGCUGCCCCACCAGGCGGUCUGAGCCGCGGCCUUUGCCUUUUUUUCCCUUUCCUCCUGGCUCUAAAGGGUGGUGGCUCCAGCUGGUAGUGGUCCUCGGGAACGGUGACCUUGGCGUUUAGGACCAAAAUCUGAGUGGGUCGUGACGGUUUGGGCAGCAGUAGGUCCCCUUUCUGGAUCCCGCCCUGUGCUCUCAGUCCCCUGUCCCUCUGCCUGGGCUGCGGACUGUGGGCAGUGGGCACAGGGAUGACCGAGCCCCCGUCUGAGCGUAUGGUCAGCAAACCCGUGUCCUUCGGAGUGGAGCGCCCUGUUCCGCCGGCCCUGGUGUGUGCUCCACCGGAUUCUGGUUCUGGAAGAGGGACCGGAGCGGCCGCUCCCUGCUCUCUCACCCUGCCUAUCCCGGCCCACCCGUGUCUGCUUUCAGAGAGAGAACUUGCCGUGUUGUGGCCUGAAUGCCCCCGUGUGGAAACCGGCCCCUUCCCGGGUAUGCGUGGGCGGUGUGUGCAGGUGCGUGCGCGCACACACACCCCCAGACCUCGGGCGGCCGUGGGCCCUGGAGGGGCAUAAACGUAAAGAUGUGA